AUGCUAUUUUUUAUGAUUUCAGAGGUUGAAGUUUUCCCAAGGCAUCAGAGUUUGGGUUCAGUAAAAAAUUCCAAUAAAGAUUCUGAAGAAAAUACUCCAGAACUUACGAAAAGCCCAGCAACAGAUGGAAAAUAUCGAGCGCCCGAGGAAACUGCUUCUGCCCAAGAAAAUGCUGCCCAGCAAGCAAACAAGAAAAGGAAUCGGCAUGGCAUGGAUAAAGUGUCAGAAGACAGUUCUGGAUCUAAUGUACUCCACGAAGAGUUUAAAUUGUAUAUAAUCACUAUUGGAAUGCUGAUUUUAUACCUUUCUAUGUGUACAUAACAAAAAUAUUUUUGGUGAAAUUGAUCUUCCUGGGAGAAAAUACAUGUUUUCUUCAUAUACAUUUAAUUCAACCGGCCAAAUGGAUGAAAUCUAGCAUGCCGCAUAUCAAAUAUUGUUUUUGACCAACUCCAAAUUCAAAUGGUUAACUUUUAAUAAUGAUGAUGAAUAUUACGAAUUUCUUUCUUAUAUUACAGAUUGCAGCAGUAGUCAAUAUCCAUUAACUAUUACUGAAUAUGCGAAGAUACGAAAAAAGGAUAUUUAUCUAUUGUAUGCUUCAGGAAUGACUUACAUAAAUUUGUUUCAGUGAAAACCGAGAAGGUAUUACCCAACGGCGUUCUAGAAGGGAAAGAAAACGUUUUAUUAUUUAUAGAAAUAUUUAUUAUUUAUAUUCGUUUUAAUUUUAAUCAUUUGCUAUCAUUGAAUAUGCGAAGAUACGAGAAAAGGAUAUUUAUCUAUGGUAUGCUUCGCGUAUGACUUGCAUAAAUUUAUUUCAGUGGAAACAGAAAAGAUAUUAGCCAACGGUGUUCUAGAAGCUAAAUAAAACAUUUUAUUAUUUCUAUUUAUUAUUUACGGAAAUAUUUAUUAUUUAUAUACGUUUUAUUAUUUCUCCAUUAUUAUUAUUCAAUAGUCGAAGUUUUGAGAAAAGGAUAUUUUCUAUGGUAUGCUUCAGGAAUGACAUACAUGAAUUUAUUUCAGUAAACAUAAAAUGUGUUAGCCAGCCGUGUUCUAGAAGGGAAAGAAAACAUUUUAUUAUUUCGAUUUAUUAUUUAUAGAAAUAUUUCUUAUUUAUGCAUUAAUUAUUAUUGAAUAUGUAAAGAUACGAAAAAAA